GGUAGAGAACGAUGUAAGUACAGACGUCAACAUCUUUUGAAAGAAAACACUUUAAUAAUAGUGGCUGACACACACGCAAAAAAAAACCCACCGCAACUUGGCGUUCAGGGUUGAUUUAUAGUCGAUCAGCUGCGCCUAUUGGCCGUGUAGUUUAGCCCGCUGUAAUGCAUAGCGAGAUCACUCGAGAGGCUGCCGCUUUGCAUCUGGAUGCUCCGUGCAGAUCGCCGAACACGCCAGCAGUGCAUGCUCGCCAAGGACGGAAGCUUGCAAAGGAACAUUAUUUCAUUUUUCAAGACAGUGGGUCAGCCAUGGCGAUAAAAAGUAGCUGAUGUCUCCCUUUUAUGUGAAAGAUAACUCACGACAUACAGCAAGUGGUCAAGAAGCUAAGAUGUGUCGUCACAGUCAACAUGAAACAACCCAGUCAAGGAUGACUAACUUUCCACCGAUCGCCGAGAGCUCUAAGCUCUCCACGCCGCAGCCUGCUCCCCACCACCGGGUGGCUUUCCGUCCAGAGCAAAUGAGAUGUGAGCCGCAUCCACCUUCACGCCCCAGGAGUAACAGCGACUUCUCCUCGGGGGACCUAUGGAGCGUCGGCCGGCGCUCCAUCAGCAGCAGUAACGGCCGCUCCUCGAUGUCCUUCUCGUCCGGAGACAACUCGACCGUCGCUUCAACGGACAAGCUCCUGCGUAGGAGACGACUCUCCCCGCGGCGUGUAACCAGGUCGACCACACCGUUCCCCGCGGAAGAACAAUUACGCACCAGCCCGUCGCCAAACGAAGGUGUCACCACCGAGGGUGAGCUGCUGAAACACCGGACAAGAACCAAGAGCGAACCCAUCUUGCCACAACAGCCCGUGAAAGCCAGACGAAAGACGGUCUGCAAAAUCGGGAAGUUUCACCAACCGAUUGCGGAGGAAGAAUCCUCGUUGUUGAAGACAACUUCAAACUGUGCACGGUUUUCACGCACGGAGGACCCAUUAGAACGAGCGCAUCCAGUGAAACAAAACAAAAAUCCCACUGCGGGUAAAUCCUCAUCAGAGCGCCGGAGACGAAAGAGCAUGCCCGAUAUAAGACAGAAAGGCGAGGCACCCUCAACCAAAACAGGAAGCCGUAACGAGGCACUGCUGCUGGCAGACUCCAUGGAUGGUUUGACAAGAGACAGAAUUAUGAAAUGGCUGAGUGAGGUGACAUGUCCCACCAAUGACAAUCAGCAAGACCAAGAGGAUGCAUUGAGCUCUAUUGACGAAGAAUGACGAAGAAUGACGACGAAUGGCGAAGCAGAACAUGUCACCGAGGACUCAAGUUCAUUUUUAAACUUAAAAGGCACUGGACACCUUUGGUAAUAAUUGUAAAAGACUUGUAUUCUCACUUGGUGUAUCCCAACAAGCUUAACAUUACAAACUUGUGAAUUUUUGUACCGAAGUUGCACGAGAGUAUCGAAAGAAAAAAAAUCACCCUUGUUUUACAAUUAAUCUCUGCACUUUCAGAUGCCCAUUAAAAUGGUUCAGGCCU